AUGGUCAUUCACAACGGAACCCCUGCCAUCCUCUCCUAUUUGCUAGACGUGUUCGUCCGGCCCCUCGAGGGGCUAUUCUACCACGCAGACCUUUGCGCGGCCUACCACAUCUUCGGCGCCGCCUUCAUCUACCUCACCACCUGGCUCAAAGCCGUAGUCAAGACCACGCGCCUACAGCACAGGCCCCAAGAAAUCCGCAACGUUGCUGACCUGUUCAGAAGCCUAGGCACCUGUAACCAAAUCCUCGUCAGGGGCUAUCUCGGCGGCUGCUUCCUUCUGCCGAACUUCGUGGGCCCCAUCUGGGUCUGCUGGGUCGUCAACGCAGACAACGCGUUUCUCGAUAGCCUCGCCCAUUUGUAUGGCUUCGCCAUCGGUCUACUACAUAUGCCACUGCUGGUGAGUCUGGCGAUCAACCUCGUCAUCUCAUUCGUGUUUGGUCUUCUCCGCCGGCUGGUCGAAAGCACCUCGCGCUUUGUGUGGAAGGCGUGCAAGGGCAUCCCUCACGACCCCGCGGCCGCGGCGCAGAGGAGCCUCGCUGCGCUGCAUGGCUGGCUCGAGCGCCUCCCGGAGAGAAUAGUAGACAGGAUUGAUCGGAAACUUCUCAGGACCGAGUGGGCUUUCAUGCAGCUGGUCACUGCCUUCGUCAUCGCUGCUUGUAUGAGCAUGCUCUACACCAUGAUUGUCGAUCUCUACAGGCCAUAUCUGUAG